GGGGCGGGCCGUGUGCGGGGGACGGGACACAGAGCAUCGCUCGGGCUCGGUGCCGCCGCCGGCUCCGUCUCCGCUCCCGCGUCGUCUCCCCCGCCGGCCGCCCCUUCCCUCCCGCGGACAUGUCGUCGCCGUCGUCCGGAGAGCGGUACGAGGAGGAAGAGGAGGAGGAGGAGGAAGACGGCGCCUACGAGAGCCAGGCCAAGCGGCUGAAGCCCAGCGCCGCUGCCGAGGAAGGCGAGAUCGAGUACAGCGGCGCGGAGGAGAGCGAGGGCCGGCGGGACAAGCCCCCGGCGUCCCGCGGCGGCGGCGGCUUCUCGGGCGGGGAUGCCGGGGGAAGCCAUCACAAAGUCUCUGUUUCUCCUGUGGUCCACGUGCGAGGGCUGUGUGAGUCUGUGGUGGAAGCGGAUCUCGUGGAAGCCCUGGAGAAGUUUGGAACCAUAUGCUAUGUCAUGAUGAUGCCGUUCAAGCGCCAGGCUCUGGUGGAGUUCGAGAACGUGGAGAGCGCGAAGAAAUGCGUGACGUUCGCAGCGGAUGAGCCUGUGUACAUCGCUGGGCAGCAGGCCUUCUUCAACUACUCCACAAGCAAGAGGAUCACGCGGCCAGGGAACACGGAUGACCCGUCCGGUGGGAAUAAAGUUCUCCUCUUGUCGAUUCAGAAUCCUCUCUACCCGAUUACAGUGGAUGUUUUGUACACUGUGUGCAACCCUGUUGGAAAAGUUCAGCGCAUUGUUAUAUUCAAGAGAAAUGGAAUACAAGCCAUGGUUGAGUUUGAAUCAGUGUUCUGUGCCCAGAAGGCGAAGGCUGCACUCAAUGGAGCAGAUAUCUAUGCAGGAUGCUGCACACUAAAAAUUGAAUAUGCAAGGCCAACUCGACUAAAUGUCAUUAGGAAUGACAACGAUAGUUGGGACUACACUAAGCCAUAUCUGGGCCGCCGAGACAGAGGGAAGGGCCGGCAGAGACAAGCUAUUUUGGGAGAGCACCCAUCAUCCUUUAGACAUGAUGGCUAUGGCUCCCAUGGUCCUUUGUUGCCCUUGCCAAGCCGGUACCGAAUGGGAUCUCGGGACACUCCAGAACUUGUUGCUUAUCCAUUGCCCCAGGCAUCCUCCUCUUACAUGCACGGUGGAAAUCCUUCUGGGUCAGUUGUCAUGGUUAGUGGCUUGCAUCAGCUCAAGAUGAACUGUUCAAGGGUAUUCAACCUGUUCUGCUUGUAUGGAAACAUUGAGAAGGUGAAAUUUAUGAAGACUAUUCCGGGCACAGCACUGGUUGAAAUGGGUGAUGAAUAUGCUGUAGAAAGAGCGGUCACACAUCUCAAUAAUGUCAAGUUAUUUGGAAAGAGACUCAAUGUCUGUGUUUCCAAGCAGCACUCAGUAGUUCCAAGCCAGAUAUUUGAACUGGAGGAUGGCACGAGUAGUUACAAGGAUUUUGCCAUGAGUAAGAACAAUCGCUUCACCAGUGCUGGCCAAGCAUCCAAGAACAUCAUCCAGCCACCCUCGUGUGUGCUGCAUUAUUACAACGUUCCCCUGUGUGUGACUGAGGAAACAUUUGUAAAGUUAUGUGAGGAUCAUGAAGUUCUCAGCUUUAUAAAAUACAAAGUGUUUGACCCAAAACCCUCUGCCAAAACACUGUCUGGUCUCUUGGAAUGGGAAUGUAAGACAGAUGCAGUGGAAGCUCUCACUGUACUUAAUCACUACCAGAUAAGAGUCCCAAAUGGCUCCAACCCUUACACCUUGAAGCUUUGCUUCUCCACUUCAUCCCAUUUAUAGAGAAGAGGACAGCAUGGUCAGAGCUACCUUCACCCCGAUUUGCAAGUUAAAAACUACACUUCGUUCACAAAGCUCUAAAAUGGUUGUUCUAAUGUUGCCUUCUAAUGUUUCAACUUAAUUCUAAUAUCUUUAAUCUUGUUUUAUAAUAAAUGGAUGUUCCUUCAUAAAUACAAACCAGGUUUUUUUUUUUUUAUUUUUGCCUCUGAGAAGUACAUGUUGUAAGCUUACUACAAAGUUUGUAUUUUGUUAGUGUCGUAUGUUCAAAUGUCUAAAGAAGCACCAGUAGGAUAAACAAGAUUGUUUCUUUUCAAAAAAUGAAAUAUAUUUGCAUUUUCAAAAUGUUAAAGAUUAGCAAGUAUUUUUCCAUUUGUAGUCUUAAUUGGCAGAUAGAACUAUUACAGCAGAAUUUAAAACGUAGAACUUGUUUUGCAGUAUGUUAAGUAGUGAAGUAUGUUGCAAUACUAAAAAGAAGCUUGUAUUUAUAAAAUGCUUUGAUCGGGUUAAUGUUGCACAUACUGAACUUUUAGUAGUAUAGACUUGAUUUAUAGUUCAAACAGAGCUAAUGUAGAAAAUGAUUAAGUAUGUACAUGUGUAUGGUAUGAAUUCAUACUUAUUUAAAGUGGUUUUGGUUUUGUUUUUGGUUUUUUUUUUUAAACCUAUUUUCCAUUUGCAUUAGCAUGAUGCCAUCUACAGCUAGUCCCACCAUAGGGGCCUUUAAAAAAAAUUAAAAUUGCAAGCCUGUA